UACCGCGGACCGUCGGAGCAUCUUUUGCAAGCAACAUCAGCUGCAACCAAAUAAUGGCAAAACCUGCAGGGCAAUUCACAGGACGUGUUCAGGGUUGAACCAUGUGGUGAGGAGCGGUAUGCCAUGCAGAGGAGACACAGCAGCAACACGGAUGGCAUGCCCUCUGACAGGAGCCGAAGCCAAACUUUGGGAUCAGAGAGCAGUCUGGAUGAGGGUGGCGUGUUCGACUGCCUGAAGCCCGACUCGCCCGCUUCACCCCAGCAGAUGUUCUCAGUGGUAGGUGUCCCCUCCAGCUCAGUCUCCUCUGCCCAGUUCCAGGCAGCUGGCUUAGUUCUGGGCUCUCCCCCUGAAGUUUUUAUCCAGAUGACUGCAUCGUCCAGGGAAGAAGGUGGCCCUCAUCGUACAGAGGGUGGACCUUUUCUUCCUCGACCGCCCCCACACCACCACCAUCAUCAUCAACAUCACCACCACUUCCACCACCAGCCCCUUCAGCACAGGACCUCCUCACUGCUCCAGCAGGCCACCACAGGGGCCGCCUCAGAGAGGCACAGCUCCAGGGAGGAGACCCAGGAGGACCCGUCAAACCCUGCUCCGGCCCUGUCUGAGUUAAAGGCAGUGGUAACAUGGCUGCAGAGAGGCUUCCCCUUCAUCCUCAUUCUGCUGGCUAAAGUCUGCUUUCAGCAUAAGCUAGGGAUUGCUGUGUGUGUUGGCAUGGCCAGCACAUUUGCCUAUGCCAAUUCAACAUUCAGGCACCAGGUUUCGCUACGGGAGGAACGUUCUGUAUUUGUUGCUCUGUGGAUCCUGAUGUUCCUCACGGGGAAUAUAGUUUACAUUUACUUCACUUUUAGUCAAGAGGAGCUACACAACAGGGAGCGCUCCUGUUCUUGUUUGGUUUGUCCUCCUCAUGUUUGCCAACUGCUUCACAGUCUCCUCUGCUAUUAUGGUCCUCAAUUGUGUUUGUCUAUCCAGGGAAAGUUCUACCUGCUGAUCGAGGAGCUGAGCCAGCUGUUCAGGGCCCUGGUACCUAUCCAGCUGUGGUACAAGUACAUCAUGGGAGAAGACCCGUCCAACAGUUACUUCCUGGGAGCCACUCUAAUCAUUAUCUACAGCCUUUGCAAGUCCUUUGACAUCUGUGGACGUGUAUCCGCCAUACGAAAGGCCUUGGUCAUGCUCUGCAGCUCCCAGAGUUAUGGAGUCAGAGCAGGCAGUCAGCAGUGCAGCGAAGCAGGGGAUGUUUGUGCAAUCUGUCAGGCUGAUUUCAGAGAACCCAUCGCCCUACUCUGUCAGCAUGUUUUCUGCGAGGAGUGCCUGUGUUUGUGGUUCGACCGGGAGAGAACAUGCCCGCUGUGCCGCUCCACCGUCGUUGAGACCCUGAGAUGCUGGAAAGACGGCACAACCUCGGCUCACUUCCAGAUCUACUAAGCUUUGACAACAAAUCAUCAGACAAAGAAAGAUGUGAUGUGAUUAAUGCUGGUUAUAUGUAUCUUGGAUUAUUUAUUCCGGUUUAUCUUUGUUUGGUAACUCAAUAAGGUUAAGCAUAAUUAUGCAGAGGCUUUUCAAACGAUUAGAAGAGAAAAACGAAUCACAUUAUUUUUCUCUGUGGACAAAUGGAGCAUUAUUUAAUUCACAGCCUUAUUAUCAACAUGGUAUUCGUUUGAAUAGGAAACAUAAAUCUGGACUAAAGUCAGUUUAACUAUUAGAUUCUUGACACACAGUCAUGCCAACAGUCACAUUUUGUUUACCUGUAGACUUAGCCACUGUUGUAAACUGUGAUUGUCAUUCACAGGAAACAUUCUAAGACAAAGUUACUUAAAGUGAGUUUAUGAUCAAAUACUGACCGCAUUCACUCUCCUUGAGGUAAGUGCCGUACUUUGUAUGAUUUUAUUUAUGGUAUUUUCAUGGUUGUGUAUAUAAUCUUUUUUUUUUUUCAAUGAGUAUUGAACAUUUUUUUUAUUUAUUAUGUAUUUGAAAAUGGGUUACUCUGACGUUGAUCAAACAAAAUAUCAGGAAGUCAAAAAAAUCAGUCCAAACAUAUUUUCAAAGCGCAAACAAGUCGUUUAGAAAUGAAUAAUGUGAUUAAAUAUUGAGUGAUAAAAGUAAGUUGGUGUGUAACUUCAUCCAUUCUGUAAACAGCACAUCCUGUUAUAAUGUUUAUUGUGAGAUCCAGGCACCACAAGCAAAACCCAUUUUGUAGUUUUGUAUCAUGACUGGUGCAGAAAUUGUUAGUUUUGCCUGUGCGUACAUUUGCUUCUCUUCAAUUAUGCAAAAUGUGUUAAAUUUGUUUCCUAUUAAGGGUAUCAUGAAUUAUUUCUUUUAGAAUUAUUUCAUUUUGGGUUGCAUACUAAUAAAGAACGACUUCAAAGUGCA